AAGACCCCCCUGGGUGGAGGGGGGGGAGGAGCGGGUGUCAACAAAACAGACGACGCCAGCCGUGGGACGCUACGGGACUGACAGGCUGGCACCAUGGCGUGGAGGUUUAAAGUGAGUAAGUAUAAGAAUGCUGCACCUCUCUUGCCGAAGAAGGAAGACUGGGUGAGUGACAUUAAAGUCGGUGCGCCCCAGUCCUGUGGCAACCACAUCAAGGCCUCCGCUGCAUUCAUCGCCUUCAAUGUUGAAAACAGAGGUGGCGGAAGUCUGGGCCUUGUUCCGCUGGACUACAGAGGUCGAGUUGAUUCCUCGACACCCCUCAUUCACGGCCAUUCAGAUUUGAUAACAGACUUCGACUUUUCUCCCUUUGACGAUGGGAUGCUAGCGACGUGCUCCACUGAUGCCAAUGUAAGAGUGUGGCACAUCCCGGAGGCUGGGUUGACCGAGAGUCUGGCCAAUGCAGAUUACUCGCUCCCACAAUUUGACAAACGUGUUGAAAACGUGCUCUUUCACCCUACUGCAGAAUUUUUACUAACUGUGGCAUACUUCGACACUGUCAAACUCUGGGACAUCAAGCACGAGAAAGAAAUUUUCAGCUUCAGUGGCCACGAGGAUCAGGUGCAGAAUACAAGCUGGCAUGGUAACGGCUCCCUGUUUGUUACCACGUCCAAGGACCGCACCAUCCGUGUCAUUGACCCUCGGGCAGAUAAGGUUGCCUACGAGGCGGAGAGCCACAAGAGCCCCAAGGACUCAAGAGUGGAGUGGCUGGGCCAGACUGACCGCGUGCUGUCCACCGGCUGGGACGGGUCGCGGAUCCGCGAAGUCAGAAUACGAGAUCUCCGUAACUUUUCCAAACCUUAUAAAAUUCAGGGUUUUGACUCUUCCACUGGCAUUUUGAUGCCGUUGUUUGACUCGGACACCAACAUGCUGUUCUUGGCGGGCAAGGCUGAUGUGAGCAUCAUGUAUUGGGAGGUGACAGAGAAAGACCCUUUCCUCACAGAGGGUCUCAAACACAAUGGUUCGGUGCAGACCAAGGGGGCGUGUCUGGUCCCGAAGCGCGGCCUAGACGUUAUGACUGGAGAAGUGAACAGGCUCUUGCAACUCACCUCAAACGCCAUCAUUCCCAUCACGUAUCAGGUGCCCAGAAAGACGUACCGAGAGUUCCAUGCCGACAUUUUCCCAGAGACUCCAGGAUAUGAGCCGUCGACGACCAUCUCCCAGUGGCUCGGAGGUACCAACUCCCCCGUCAAGAGCAUCUCGCUUGAUCCGGCCAAGAGACCAACACCAAAGUUCCAGAUUCACCGAGGUCCCCUGUAUGAACGCGUCGAACACAAACCCGUCGAAGUUGAUGUGCCUGUGCCGGCCCCAAGGUCGUGGAUCUCCAAUGGCACCGAGAACAAGCCUAUGAGCGAAGUGCGUCCAACGCUCUCCAAGCCGAUGGUAGCGGUAAAGCCAAGCUUCAUGCCUGCUAAGCCGAGCCCCAUGCCCAAGCCUGCUGUGCGUUCCAGCUUCCCCCUCCAGGAAAACAAAAACCUCACUAACGAGGACGACCCCUCGGCUGACGCCCCAGUAAAGAACAACCUGGCUCAGCUCCGUAAAAAUUUUGAGACGAACAAAGAGGACACUGAUGGCAGUGUAGGUGGCAAAUGCAUAGACUCUGAGGAGGAGACAAAGCCUCGCGGGAUUAGCAUCUCUCAGCUGCGGAAAACAUAUGAGGCUAAGGAAGAGCCGCAGGAAAUAUCGGAAGAAUUGGAGGAGGACAGCACGUCCAAGUUGGCCUGCAUCAGGAAGGCCUUCGAGUCGCGUUCAAUCUCCAUGGACGAGAAGAUGACGGACAGGAGACGAGAGGAAGUGAGACAGGAGAAGACAAUACAAGAGGAGGAAAAGGAAAAUGUCGGGGAACCGGUAACGCUGCACGAUGGCAGUCGUGUCAUCGCAGCGGAGAGGAGAAGAACGUUUGAGCAACGGAUGGCCACAGUGGACGAGAAGCCUGCUUCUCCGACCCCAAGGAGGGCGACCGUGACUCGAUCUUUUCGACGCGUUUGCAAAUUCCGUCAUUUGAAAGGAACUCCCGGACACAAGAGUACGUGCAUUGAGAAUCUGAGGGACCUUAGUCGGACAACUCCGGGAGAAUGCGACGGGAUGGCAGCGAACUCAGAGUUUGUGGUGCUGCCCCUGAGUGGUCCGGGAGGGAAGCUGUCCGUGCUGAAGCACAGUAAGGCCGGCCGUCAACCCGACGGCGUCGUCCCCUCCCUCCUCAACACUGCCAAUGUUAUGGACUUUGCCUUCGACCCGUUCAAUGAUCACACCUUGGCUGUGGCGUGCGAUGACGGCAAGAUCAACCUGUGGCACAUUCCCGAGGGAGGCUUGAGUCACCCCACCAACGAGCCCAACGAAACAUUUAUGGACAUUGGCUCUGCAGACAAGGUGACUAUACUGAAGUGGCACCCUCUGUCAGCGGGGAUCCUGGCCGCUGCCAGCGGAGACCACUCCAUCAAGAUCUGGGACCUUCACAGCCAGAGUGUUGCCAUCACCCUCGCCAGCCAUCCUGACCAGAUAUUUUCAAUGGCUUGGAGUCCAUGUGGACGCUACCUGGCGACCAUGUGCCGUGAUAGCCACAUACGUAUAUACGACCCUCGGCACUGUGCCGAACCUAUCCAAACAGGCAAUGGACCAGUUGGUGUGCGGGGUGCCAGGGUGUUAUGGGCGCUCGGGGGCAAGUAUCUAGUGACAGUUGGAUUCAGCAAGGUGUCGGAGAGGCAGAUCAGCGUCUACAAAGCAACAGAGUUGUCAAAAGCAGCGAACACUGUAGGUAUUGACAUAAGCCCCGCCAUGCUCAUCCCGUUUUAUGACCCCGACUCGUCGACCCUCUUCGCCACCGGUAAGGGUGACAGCACCAUCUAUGCCUACGAGAUUGGCACCGACUUCCCCCACCUGUUCCCUCUCUCACACCACAAGAGUGGGAGCGUGCAUCAGGGUUUGGUGAUGCUACCCAAAAUCAUGUGUGAUGUACGUCAAGUGGAGUUCUGCAAGGCGCUCAGACUGACGUCAUCCAUCCUAGAACCUCUCUCCUUCACUGUGCCGAGAGUUAAGACGGAGUUGUUCCAGGACGACAUCUUCCCCCCUACUUUCGUCAGUUGGGAACCAGUGAUGACAGCGGCAGAGUGGUUGGGCAACACCAACCGCCCCCCACGCACCUUGUCCCUGCAGCCGACAGACAUGCUCACCUUAUCAGAAAGCCGCGAGCAGCAAUCGCCCGUGUCACAGCCGAACAGCGGUGGACACAUACGACACGAGACACCGCCGUUCCUCAAGGGCAUGGUACCCAGCGAAGUUCGACAAACGCAGCACAAGAAUCUUAAUGUCCCCGAGGAAGUCCUGGAGACUCAGAGCCGGCUGGAGGAGUCAAUGAGUCAGCAGAUGAACGAGGUCUCCAAAACACUGGAACAGGACCGGAUGGAAGGGGUCGACUCAACGGAAUGGGAGGACUAGAGUGGGCCAUUUUACGACACACUUGCCACCGACACGUUGUGAGGAGCGUAGCGUGUGUGGUGGCCUGGCAUUAUGGCCUUGCAUCACAUCCACCGUGAGGCCGAGUCUCAAGUCACCCUCUCACCUGCCCCCGCGCUCCCCCUCCGUGAGGCUUCCUUGGAUCACGUCCACCGUGAGGCCGAGUCUCAAGUCACCCUCUCACCUGCCCCCGCGCCCCCCCCUCCGUGAGGCUUCCUUGGAUCACGUCCCCCGCCAUAACUUUUUAAUAUUAUUGUCUUGUAUUGCAAUAUGCAACAAGCUCAGCAGUAGUGAACUUAAGAGGAAGGUUUUUAAAGUAGAAUUGUUAUAGUUUUUGAAGAAAUUGUCACUGAUUUUAUUUAUUUAUUCAGCUUUUAGGAUUUCUUGCAACAACAAACACUGUGACCCCAUUUAUGGGUGUGAAGUUUGUGUUUUAUGUACUGUAAUAGUAUUUUAAGUUUAUAUCUCAUUCUCUCUUUUUAAGUCUUUUUAAACAAAAUUCAAGUAAUAGGACUACAUGAAUAACUUAGCAAUAAUAGUUGAAGAUGGUCAAAUGAUGCAGUCAUAACUAUAAUGUCAUUGCAUAGUGUUGGCCAGGGGAAACCCUUGCACUAUUCUUGUGGCUGGAGCCGCUGCUGUGUUGAAGCUGGAUGAUAGCGUAUUUGUGGGCCUUAUAGAGCGACCUGAGUAGAGGUCAACAAGAGUACGGCAUGUACGCACCAAUGCUCUUCUCACUCAAAUGUAUUGAAAAAUAUGUUGCAUUACCAUACAGUUUUUAUUCUUCACAUUCAUAAUGUUAAUUAAUUUGCAUAAUUUAAAUGAAAAAUUACAUAACAGCAUCUAGCUUUCCAGUGAUGAAACACAAGGAAGAAUUCACCAAAUUAUUAUUAUUAUUUUUUUAUCUUAGGAAGAAACCUUAGCAAAGUGAUGCUACACAAUAAUGGUUCAAAAUGUUUUUUCAUUAUGUUGGCUGCUGAUGACCGGCUUCCUUUAAGCAGUAUUCAAUAUCUGGAGGCUAUAUUGUGCUGGUUGGAGCUGGAGGCCUACUGAAAUGUGCUCCAGUAGCUUUGAUAAUGUUAGUUUUGCAUUCUUUCACUAUACUGUGUACUGAAACCUGUCUUUUUGAACUGGUGGCCAAAGAAUAUGUUAUAUAUAUUGUAUGUUGUAACCUCUUGCUCCAGAAAAUAAUUCCAAAUGUUUAAUGAAGACAUUACAAAUAUUUGAGACCAUGUACAAGGAUAUAUACAAGUGAAUUGUGAAUUAUUCUCAGUGAAUUUGAAAUUGAGUAAUGUACAUGUAGCGUAUUGAACUAUAUUUACCCCUUAAACACAAGUUUUGUAUUGCUUGGUCAAUUAUCGGUCUUUCACCGCAAGCGUUCAGAUACUGCCUAGGAGUCGUGUUUGUAUUUUCAUGGUGUUGCCAGUACACUUGACUACCAUAUUUUGAUGAAGGCCAACCAUGUUAGAAGCCUGUCAUUUCAAUUUGUUAUUUGUCUUUAUAUGGAAAAGCUAGUUUUAUGCGACUGUGGUACGUAUAGAAGUGUGCGAGCCGGCAUUGUGACGGGGACAAGCUAGGUCUCAAGCCAUCCAGUACAAAGAAUCAUUUUGUUAUGUGUUAAUGACCACCGCAUCAACACGCCUCAUUUCUCAAAACCCCCCGAAGAGCUUCAGUUUUCUUUAUCGAGACUUUUUGGACUCGUGUAUUUGUGCGCUAAUCAUUCGCAUAUACGGACAGGACUUGUGAUGUCAAUUGCAAAAUCUGACCGUCUCGAUAACUGAGGUGUUUGAGAGAAUGGAGAGAACAGAGGCUGUUGUGCUCAGCUUGAGACUUUGCAUAUUUUUAUUUUUUAU